UGGAUGCUUUAGUCGCCUCUGCUCAGGACCCGGAACCGGGGAGAGACGCUAACGGGUAGGAGUCCCCCAAAAGCCUUGAAGGCCCCUGCACCGUCUCUAAGAAACACUCCACCCCAGAAGUUAGCAUCAGUGGGACUUGGCAGCUGCGAUCUCAACGUGACUCUCCUGGCCUAGCUGUGAAACAGACCUGUGUCAGGGCUGGCUGCUCAGACCCUGUCUGGUUCCAGAACCCCCAGAACAGGGGAUGAGGGUGGAGUGACACCCCAGCACCUCUUCCAAGAGCCUUUUCAAACACCGGAUGAUGAUCACUGGGAACAUGCAUGUUUGCCAAGUACUUUAGUGUCUUUUAAUGCUUUUAAUGAAACUGAGAUUAUCAGCCUCAUUCUACAGCCAUGGCUGGCGAUUCUAGGAACGCUAUGAACCAGGACAUGGAGAUUGGAGUCACGCCCCGGGACCCCAAGAAGAUCCCCAAACAGGCCCGCGAUGACAUGCCCCUGGCCACAGACCACACACGCCUGCUGGCCGAGGGCAAGAAGCCGCGCCAGCGCUACAUGGAGAAGAGCGGCAAGUGCAACGUGCACCAUGGCAACGUGCAGGAGACCUACCGCUACCUGAGCGACCUCUUCACCACUCUGGUGGACCUCAAGUGGCGCUUCAACCUGCUCGUCUUCACCAUGGUCUACACUGUCACCUGGCUGUUCUUUGGCUUCAUUUGGUGGCUCAUUGCUUACAUCCGGGGCGAUCUGGACCACGUGGGCGACCAAGAGUGGAUCCCUUGUGUGGAAAACCUCAGCGGUUUCGUGUCUGCUUUCCUGUUCUCCAUUGAAACGGAAACGACCAUCGGGUACGGCUUCAGGGUCAUCACAGAGAAGUGUCCCGAGGGCAUCGUCCUCCUCCUGGUGCAGGCCAUCCUGGGCUCCAUCGUUAACGCCUUCAUGGUGGGCUGCAUGUUUGUCAAGAUCAGUCAGCCCAAGAAGAGGGCGGAGACACUCAUGUUCUCCAACUACGCAGUCAUCUCCAUGCGGGACGAGAAGCUGUGCCUCAUGUUCCGGGUGGGCGACCUCCGCAACUCGCACAUCGUGGAGGCCUCCAUCCGCGCCAAGCUCAUCAAGUCGCGGCAGACCAAAGAGGGCGAGUUCAUACCCCUGAACCAGACGGACAUUAACGUGGGCUUCGACACCGGGGACGACCGUCUCUUCCUGGUGUCCCCGCUCAUUAUUUCCCACGAGAUCAAUGAGAAGAGCCCUUUCUGGGAGAUGUCUCGGGCCCAGCUGCACCAGGAGGAAUUCGAAGUGGUGGUUAUUCUAGAAGGGAUGGUGGAAGCCACAGGCAUGACUUGCCAAGCACGAAGCUCUUACAUGGAUACAGAGGUCCUCUGGGGCCACCGAUUUACUCCAGUCCUCACCUUGGAAAAGGGCUUCUAUGAAGUGGACUACAAUACCUUCCAUGAUACCUACGAGACCAACACACCCAGCUGUUGUGCCAAGGAGCUGGCAGAAAUGAAGCGGGAAGGCCAGCUCCUCCAGUACCCGCCCAGCCCUCCCUUGCUUGGGAGCUGUGCUGAGACAGGGCAGGAUGUGGAGGUUGAGCAGGAUGAAGAAGAUGAGCCUGAUGAGUUGAAUGGGUCCUGGAAGACCAGAGGCUCAGUGUGAGGGCUGUAUGCUCUCUGCAGCCUCCUUCACUGGCUGCUAUGAACACAGGUACUGCAGAGCCCAGAAAGGGGUAGGGGAAUUAGAUGCGGGUGUGUUUGAAGGCUCAGGAACUGUCAGGGCCUCGUGGGAAGGAACCACAUAUCUAGCCCUCACACCUCACAAUUUAUGGCUUCCCCAAGCAAGUGGCCUCCCAUCUGGGCCCUGGGCAGUGCUGCCUCCUCUCCCAGCACUGGCUCAGGGACAGGCCAUGAUGGAAUUUUCCCACAGUGAAAGUCAGAGGAUCUCAUCUAUCUUUAUUCUCUUCUGCCCACUGACUUCCCUGGGUUUCACAGCCCUCUUCAGGAUAGACACCUAGAGAGGGCCCUCAGCCCAGCCCCUCACUCCUCCUAUCCUGAGGGCAUUGUGAAUUCAAUGGAGAGAAGCUCUGCCUGAAGGGUGUUCAGACAGACCUGGGUAUGAAGAUGAGCUCACAGCACCUUGGUGGGUUAGGUAUCCGAGUCAUGUCUGCACUCUCUCCCUUUUAAAUCUGGGGCCAAGAGCAUUGUUCAUCUCAUAUUAUCUGCCAAGUGUGUGUGUUUUUCCUCUACUGUGUUCUGUGUGUCCACUGUGACCUAGUAGACAAUUGGCCUCAUUAGUGUGAACCUGGACCACUGAGCACCUCUCGAGGACUUUCAUGGUGGCCAUCACAACCACUCCCAUUCACACUGUGCCCUUCACUUUUCACCAAGGAAGAACCUCAGCAGCUAGGUUCUUGUAUGCCUUUUUGGCCCAAGAACCUCAAAGUACUUCUAAUCAUCACCGUAGUUUUCUUUCACAAUCUCAGAAAGCUUGUGAUGUGAUCCUGGGAUGAAGCUGGGCUUCAGAGGGCCAGAAGAACCAGCUGGUAUUGAGAGAGGCAGAGAGGAAAGGGAAGCAUAGUGAAAGAAAAGCAACAAAAAUUGUGAAAUAAGCAUCUACCCCAUUUGUUACCCUGACACUGUGAACUCAGGGCCCGACACACCUUGGCCUUCAAGGUGAGGAAUAGGAUGUGAAGUAGGAGUGGCAGGUGACUGUAAACGCAGCCUCCUCAUCAAGCCCCAAACUCUCAAACUGGUGCUGAGAUUUUGGAGCCGGGGCCAGGGAAGAUAUGGUUAGGGCCAUCUCUUCCCACUAUGGAAACAGGAGACUGAGGAAGCAGGUGGAAGCAUUGGAGAAGGGAGUGAAUAUUAAGAGAAAAGGAGUAGAGAGGAGCCUUACAAAGGACAGCUUCAGAGACUUUUCCAUUCUGGAAUAUGGAUGGUGCAGACUGUCAGGUCAAUGAAGCAUGUGUUGAGAAAGACAGGUUUAUGGUUAGCUUGCCCAAAUUUGACAACAGGGUCCACUUGUUUCCAGGUGGGGAAUUCUGCAGUAGCCCAGCACAGUGUCCCAGGCCCCCAACUGGCCUGUGAAUAUGAAGCGCUUUCCCUGGAAACCACACUGAAACACGGGUAAAGGCAGAACAAGGGAGCUACUUUCAGACCUCAGGCCCAGCUCCCCUCAGUCUGGGUUUCUAGGUUCUAGGGCUGGUAAGAAGAAAGUGGUAUAGAUUAGGAACCCCACCUUGUGGGCUGCUCAUACUCAGUGGUCCUCGUUCUUGGCAUCUCUGCUGGAUUUUGAGAGGUGGGCUAAGACAGUGGUGGGCAAGCAAGUGUCGUCCUCUCAAGGGCAAGGUGCUGGAUGGUGGUUGCUGGUUCCCUUCUUUGGUGGAGUAGGUCGGGCUGCAGUCCCAUCAUAAGAAACAGAAACAGCCAGCUCACUGCACCCCAGUGGAUGAGCUGCAUGCAGUAGGAGUCUAGGGGAGGGGCCCAUCACCGAGGCUGGAAGCCUAGUGAAGGGAAGGGCUACAACUGGAACUCCCCAGUGGGGCUGGAGCUCCCCCUGCUCCCCAGAUCCCAGCCUUACACACAGAGCUCUUCCCAGAUCCCUGAGUCAGAUGCCUGUUGGCUGUGAAGAUUCUUAUGCAGAAUUGGUCAGUGCCCUCAGAAUCCGGCCCAUACUGCUGUGGCCCGACAAGGAUGGGCAGCCACAGAGGAAACUGGCCUCAUGGCUGGACAGUGACCUGGCUCCUGUUUCAUAUCUGCCUCCAUUUAUAGUUCUGGAAUAUCCCCAACUGGCCAAAUGAGUUUAUCCCAAGUCUCUACUACUUUGUCAGUGGGCUUCAUGAGCCAGAGCCAAGUCCCACCUCUGCAUGACUCUAAAAGCUGUCAAAGACAAGGGGAUCAAUAUGACCCUAUGCCAAAGCUCCCUGGUAGCCCAGAGAUAGUGUACACUGGAAUUGGUGAAAUACUAAUCCCAAUGUGCUCCUUCUGGUUUCCAUCAUAGAAACUUAAAUGUAAGAAGACUGCUUCAUAUCCCAAGUAACUAAAGUCUGAAUUUUCUUCAUAUCAUUUUCUGGACAUUAUUACGUAAACAUAGACUUAUUAAAUACAAGGUCUGAUGCUGACCAGCAUUUCAGUGGAUCACUUCCAAAUUACUGCUCUUCAUGCAAGCCACUUGUAGCUCAUGGCCCUUCUUGCCUGGCUCUGAGCUCACAUCUCUACUGAUAGGAAAUAGGGAGCUGAGCCAGGCUUUAAGAUAGUGUCACUGGUGAUUCCCUCAGACCUCAGCAUCUCCAGAAACCCAAAGUGAUAGCUUUAGACACUGAACAUCUAAGGAGUGGAAUUUCUGCUUCAGUUCCCAUGUCCUUCCUCUCUGGAGACAUCUAUAAGAAACAAGUCCAAGGCAGUUCAGAAGCAGAUAAGCUCCCACUGGUUUUCUCCUCUUUCACCACAUUGACACUAUUAUCCUGCUCCCAAGCCAGGGUACAAAAUGCUUUACCCACCCUUCCCCCUUAAGAUGCUGCUGCUGCCUGCCUCCUGCACAGUCAGGGAAGCUUAUGAAGCCUUGGCUCCAGUCCGGCAGUUGACCUUGAUGGAGAAGAAGCCCUGUCUGUCUGUGGGCCUCCUCUCUCACAGUCCUUACCCAUGGCCUGCCUUCUAACUUGCCUCAAACUUACAUCUUGUGUAAGGUCUCACACACAGAAACUUAAGUUGCUUCUAUAAAAAUUGCCAAAAAAAUCAGAAGUUGCCCAUUGUCUUCUAAGACUAUGUCCCAGAAAGGUCUUGGUACAUGUACCCUUGACUGAGCGGAGCAGUGGCGAGGCUUAUACUUGAUUCUCAGAAUAUUGCAGAGGACCUCAGUAAUCCUUGUUACUAAUAUGGCUGUAAGGGUUCAGAGAGGUUCCCUGGUUAGUUUAAGGCAGCAGAUAAGAGGCAGAGCCUUGAUGCCAACCACCUCCCAGGCAAACGUGGCAGGGCCAUCCUGCAGACACAUUCACGUGGCUCAGGCCACAGGGAUAAGGAGAGUCCCUUUUCUCCCUGCGGCAGCCACAGGUGUGUGUGCAGUGCUGUGAAGCCAUGGAUCUCCCCCUCCCCACCAGCAAUGUUCUCCCAUGGCAGGACAGUCACAAAACACAUUUUACUUUUUCAAAAUUUUAUUUCGAUUAGUACAUGUCUGCAGUAUAUUUUGGGAAACACCUUUUCUUGGUUCCAAGAGAACUGAUGAGCUGUGAAAAGAAGUUAGACGUGGAAGAAUUGCUUUCCAGAAGAAUCCACUUAUUCUAUGGGGCUUGUUUUUUGCUAACAACAUCUCCUUAAACUGCUGUGUCAAAUCUUCCUCCUUGCACAGGAUUUGUCAAUCUUUAUUAUAACCAUUACAUUGACAAAAAUUCACCUAAUAAAAUAGA